AUGACGUCAAGUGAAAAUGUGAUAACUCUUAAUGUGGGUGGCUCAGUCUACACAACCACACGGAGCACAUUGAGCAAGGAAACAGAUACAUUGCUUUCCGACCUUGCAUCCGGAUCGCUAACGGAUGAUGAGAAAGUUAAUGUCGUUUCGAUGCCAGAUGGAACUCUCUUCAUUGAUCGCGAUGGACCACUAUUUGCUUACAUUCUACAUUUCUUGCGAACUGACAAACUAUCGUUGCCUGAGCAGUUUCGUGAAAUAGCUCGUUUGAGGGACGAAGCUGACUUUUAUCGUCUCGAGCGAUUCUCAGCCCUUCUUUCAACGGCUACAUCAAUUUCCCCUCGCCCACGGACCGCCAAUGGGUACGCUACGUCUGGAGCGGAGACUGGCGGCUACAUCACUCUUGGAUACCGUGGCACUUUCGCUUUCGGUCGAGACGGACAAGCUGAUGUGAAGUUCAGAAAACUUCAUAGGAUCUUAGUAUGCGGGCGCGCGACGUUGUGUCGAGAGGUGUUUGCUGAUACUUUGAACGAGAGCCGUGACCCAGGAGGUCCAGAUGACGGAGAGAGAUACACUUCUCGUCUUUAUUUAAAGCAUCAAUGUCUUGAGCGGGCGUGCGAUUUGAUGGCCGAGAAGGGAUUCAAGCUCGUUGCUACCUGCUGUUCAGGAGCAAACGGGCUUGCUGCCGCAAACCAUCCUAUUCUCACAAGUAAUAUGGGAAAUAUCAAUCAAACUGAGCUCAUGAACCACCGAAAUUGUGGAGAUUACGAGGAACAACGCUGGGCGCACUACACAGAAUACGUCUUCUUCCGCGAGCCACAGACUGGAUACAUCACCCCAUCGCUGCGAGAACUAUGA